AUGGCAGACCAAGGUUCAGUAUCUGGAUCGUCUUUCAACGAUGAUGAAAGCGAAGAUGAGUUGAUUAUGAGUGAUUUUGAUGCCAGCCUUGAGAAGAUAGGACGCGGGUUUCCAAAGAUCAACUUUGGUUCUAUAUGGAGUGGCAAGACCACCGAAUCUGAUACUAGCUCUGUCACAGAAGGUGACUAUGGUCACUGGAGCCGAAACUUUCAGAUGAACACUUUUUUAAACGAUUUGCAUAAGGGACUCAGUUUCCCCAACGCUCUGACUAGGCUUCAAACUGUCAAAGCGAUCACAGAACAGGCUAUUAGCAAUGCCAUGAAAAGCAGGGAUCAAAGUGGCAAUAACGGAGCGUCGGAAGAAGCUGAGACUCGUGUGGGGGCGAAAGAAGAACCAGCGGGAUUGAUACCCGCUGUGAAGCCCAAGAACGCACCCGCUUACAACGACAUGGUCAUUCCGCAGGAUAAAGAUCCCCAGCUACUAGAGGAAGAACUUCUUCUGCUCACAGAACUUCCAAAGGAUCAAAACAACGAUAAAGAUGCACUGCGGCAACGGAUACAGCAUAUCCAAAGCCUUGAAAUCGAGCCAACAAAAAAAGCCAUGAUGAUGCAACGCCUCAUGAUGGGUAAAUACAUGGAAGAGCCGAAGCGACAGCCUACUCCUCAGCAAAAUGUUUUGUGUACUCACAGGGUACCCACUAAUACUGAGAAAGAACCAACUUACCACCAGUCCGGAGUCUUUGGGUGCCAACAUUACGAGAGAAACUGCAAGCUGCAAUGCCAUCGGUGUCUGUGUUGGUACACCUGUCGAUUUUGUCACGAUGAGUCACCCGAAAUCAAAAACUCACACAACCCACAUUUAUUUCAGCGGUCAAAGACUGAACAAAUCCUGUGCAUGCGAUGUCAGCACGUUCAGAAGCCGCAAAAAUACUGUGAAAACUGUGAUGAAGAAAUGGCUAUGUACUUUUGCAGCGAAUGCAAAUUGUUCGAUAACGAUGAAACUAAAGAUAUUUACCAUUGUGACAAGUGUGGAAUUUGCAGAUUGGGACUGGGUCUCGGAAUAGAUUUUUUCCACUGCGAUGGGUGCCAGGCGUGCUUAUCUAUUGAGCUACAAGGAAACCACAAGUGUAUCGAAAGGGCUACCAUGUCAAGCUGUCCCAUUUGCGGCGACUUUAUGUUUACGUCUGUCAAGCCUGUGGUUUACAUGUCUCCCUGCGGCCACGCAAUUCACCAGCAUUGCUUCGACGAAUACACCAAGCAUUCCUACAAAUGUCCUUCUUGUCAAGUUUCUAUCUUGAAUAUGGAGGCACAGUUCCGAGUCUUGGAUAAAGAGAUUGAGGAACAGCCCCUUCCCGUUCCUUACUGCGACUGGAUUUGUUACGUGUCUUGCAACGAUUGCAAAGCCAAGAGCACUUGUAGAUAUCACAUAUUGGGGCUAAGAUGUGGAAAUUGCAUGAGUUACAACACGACCCAAAUCAAGCUGGUAAAGCCAGAGGAAGAGGUCGCGGAAAGCCACGACCAUGACACUUCUGUGGAAGAUUUUGCAAACGACAAAGCGCUAGGGCACCUAAACUCUAUGCGCCAUGAGCUACUCAGUGGCCACUUUCAGCGCGAGGAUGUGUCUCCUCUGAUCACAAUGGAGAAUGAUGGCAAGCUCUCAAAUUUCGAACAAUACAUGAGCGAGUAUUUCCAUGACGUACCCGAGGACUCGAGGAAGACCAAGAGACAGGAGUUCCUGGAGUACAGCUCCCAACACCUAUUCAAUGCGGCAGGCCUUUUCAAGUCGAACAGCCCCCGAGAAGGAAGGAGUUCUAACAGCGACGCAGCAGCUGAGGCUGGUCCUACAAACACCAUAAACAGCACCGGCAUGGUCCGGGCUCCCUCGCUAACCGACAGACUGCGACAAUUCAUCAACGACGCACCGCCGCAACUAUCAAUCUCGGACGCUUUCCAGAGAUUCAUCCAGGGAAGCCACCAGGGCCUCUCUUCCGGAGAUGAGGAUGACGAUUUUUCUGCGCGGUCUGAAUCCGAACGCUCACGGAGCUCUACUACAGAUUUAUGA